UUGUCAGUUGUUUUGAUUAUUGAUAUGAAAAAAAAAUUGUGAGCUAGGAAUAGUUGCGACCAUAUAAGAGAAAUAAUUACAAUUUUUGAUUUUGUUAUAACAAAAAUUUCUAUCAUAAUGAAAAUUAAAAAUAUGUUAUUCAAAAACGUUUCGAAGAAAAUUAUUGUAGGAUAAAAUUGGCUUAAAUAUUACUAAGUUUACAACUUUAAAAUGAUAAAAAAAUGUGAAAAAUGUUAAAUAAGCGCGAUGACUUUUCCAUAUUUAAUCAACUAUAGAAAUAAUUUUUAAAUAAAUAUAUUUCGCAUUAUUUUUGAAAUUGUUAUUAAAUUUAAAUUUAACUUAUGUAAAAGAAAAAGACUGAUUGGUAUCGCCUUGAUUUUAAUUUGUUAUAAGUGGAAGAAAAUAUCUGUUCUAUUUUAAGAUUAAAAAUAAAAAAAAAUAUAUACUCAUCAAAUAUAAUAAAAAAGCAAUACAAUUUUUUAAAAUUAUUAAGGAAGCCUAUCUUUAAGAAAGAAUGGAAGUUGAUUUACCAAAUAUAUUAAAACGCUGUUCAAGUGCACCGGUAUUUGCAGAAGAAAAUGGUCCUAUUUCUAAUAAAAACGAAAACGUAGAUGUAACAUCAAGCAAACUUAAUCACUAUGAAAAACAAUCAUCUGAGAACUCCAUUUCGACAGUUCAAAAUAAUCUAAUACAGGAAAAAAUUAUCAGUUCUUUGUCUGAAAAAAAUAAUGCCAACAUAUACACAAACAGCUAUUUAAAUUUAUCACCGUCAAUUCAAUCAAGCAGUGCUUGCAGCUCCCCGGUUAGGAGUCGUGAAGCCUCGCCAGCUCCAUUUAAUAUCUUUGCUCCUAGAGCUCGAAGAUAUUCUGCUAGUUUUGCUGGAUCAAUUGCUAACAACGGAGCUAAUGGACCACGUCUAACACCUCGGGUAUCUCAACUUAGGCAAGAAGAGUGUGUUGAUGCAAAUAGUAGGGAAGUAAAUCACGAACGCGAAGUUCACAGCGCAAUGCAAAUGUCUCAAAGUUGGGAAGAUUUAACGUUAGUAGCAGAGAAUUGGUCAUGUAAAUCAGAAGACUCAAAUAAUCCAUUGCCUGCUAAUAACUUUCUAACGAGCCGCCAAUGUUCAAGUCCUAGUCCAACCAGUCGAACUGGAAUGAAAAUUAAUUUACUUUCACCAUCACCCACAAGACGCACUUUUGCGACGAGAAGAUCUAUGUCUCCAAUAGCAAUGCGACCAAGUCAAUUGGGUCCAGUAAAAAGAAAAUUUGAACUUGAAGAUGGAAAUUGGAAUAUUAAUUAUUCCCCUCCACCAGCUAAAAAAAAAUUAUCUCAUGUCGGUUGCGGCAGUCCUUCCGAAGUAUUCAAUUUACCUUCUCCUUGCCAAAAUGGUCAAAUGGAUUCCGGAACUCCAGAUGGUUGUCCCACCUUUAAAUUAAAUAUUAAACUUCAUGCCAAUGAUGUUGAUAUAACACAACCCAUCUCUUCCCCAACAAUUCCACCUUUCAACGAAAAUUCAGAAGCAGAAACGGUUUCGCCAACCAAUCCGAUUAAUCAUUUCGGAAAUAUAAAUAAAACUAAUGGCGUUUUCAAAAAUGAAAAAGAUGAUAAGUCUCAAAAUGACAAAAAUGAAGAUGCCGAAACGUUUGAAAACAACAUAAAUUUUAUUGGUGGAGCCGAUUUAGACCAUUCAUCAAUAUGUUCUAGAAGUGAUAAUCGUAAGAACACUUUGUUGAACACUGUUUCAAAAGAAAAAGAUUAAGAAGUACUUGUAGCUUAGACAAUCGGUAUAAAAUUUAGUGAAAGUGACAUAAAGAAAGUGAAACAAAUCCAAAACUAGGAAAUAAUUUUAUUAUAUUAAAAAUAUUAAAAUUUAUAAUUUAUGUGUAGAUAUAUAAAAAAUUAGAAAAGAUGAAAUUAAAUGAAAAGCCAUGUUAUGAAUUGAAUCCUUAAAAAAAACAUAACUAAUUCGGUUUACUAACCUUAAAAAAUUUAAUAUUUAUAAUCUAGAACCGAGAAUUAAGCAUCAAAAAUAAUUUAUUCUGUUUGAAUACCCAACUGUAUAUGUACAUACAUCAUUUAUUAAAAAUGAAUAAGAACUUUUACAAACAUUUCAAUAUUUUGAAAUCGUAAAAUCACGUAACGUGAAACUACAUACGUUUAAAUAUAAUGAAUAGAAAAU